AUUAAUGUUAAAGCCAGGAGAGAGAAAGCAGCAGGCACUCCAUGGAGAGAAGGUCCUAACGGUCCCAAUUCCUCUGAAACUUCCACCAGAGAAAGGGCCAUCCAUCGAUGUCACACUUCUCCAGGGAGGUCUUGCUCGUGAUUCACUCCUGAGAUCCGUUUCAUAUAGAGUCGCAUCAUGAGGCUUGCCACCGUCAUUGUCCUCUGUUCUUUGUUCCUGGGAGUCAGUGGUGAUGGCUGGUAUUCAUUCUUCAGGGAAGCCGUACAAGGGACUUGGGACUUGUGGAGAGCCUAUCGGGACAACCUAGAAGCUAAUUACCAAAAUGCAGACCAAUACUUCUAUGCUCGUGGGAACUACGAGGCCCAACAGAGGGGCUCUGGGGGCAUCUGGGCUGCUAAAAUAAUCAGCACCAGCAGGAAAUACUUCCAGGGCCUCCUAAACCGAUAUUAUUUUGGAAUCAGGAACCAUGGAUUGGAAACCCUGCAGGCUACCCAGAAAGCCGAGGAAUGGGGCCGCAGUGGCAAAAACCCCAAUCACUUCCGACCCGAGGGCCUUCCUGAGAAGUUCUGAGUCUGCCACUCAGACAGCACUCAGUGGACUAGGCUGUGAGCCACAAGCCUCUCUCUGUGAUAGUCACUCAGCUUGGUGUCCACAAGAAGCACGGAGAAGCUAGAGAUGCCCAGUAAACACUUUGCCAAUUAAAUUUGUCGAUGGAAACAGGGAACUCUCAGAAAUACUUUCUGGGGAGAAAGAGUUGCUAUGGAUCACAGAAAAUAAGCAGAGGAAAAAGGUGUGACCACCAGGUAAUGGCCUCAAACCAUGAAGGUCCCUCACACAACCCCAGCAGAUCUGCUCUAGCCUUUAACCACACCAACGUCUGCUAAGCAGGCUUGAGCUAGCAAAGCAUUGCCCACCAUGCAGGGGCUUCUCUGAAAAGUGGAGUUUGCUCUGAGAUAAGCCCUGGGAACCUGCCCAUCAACUUCUCCCCUGGACACUGGUCAGGUGUCUCCCUACCCCACCAUCUUCUGGUCACAACCGGUCUCUGUUUUAUUGGUACUGGUGUACCUCUGCCUUAUCAAUCAUGCCCUCUUCACUAACUGCAGGCCUUGUCCCCUGCGACCUCUUUCAAGUAGGGAACGCUAUGUCGAGAAUGCCUCAUCUUAGCCUUGGGAACUCUAACUUGGAAACUGCACUGGGGACCAGGGAUAUCGUUUGGUAUAGUGCUUGCUAAGCGUGCAUGCAUAGGUAGAUUCUCAGAACUGCAUAAAUCUGGUGAUGGUAUACAUUUAUAAUCCUAGCACUGGGGAGGCAGACAGAGGCUGACAGACCAGAAGUUCAAGGCCAGCCCUGGCUAUGUAUUGAAUUUGAAUUUGAGGUCAGUUUGGGAUACAUGAGACCCUCUGUCCCCAUAAAGUGUACACACACACACACACACACACACACACACACACACACACACACACACACCACACUCCCACAUACACCAUGACCCCCACACACACCAACACACACACACACCAACACACACACACACACACACACACACACACACACACACACACACACCACACCACACCACACCAGUGCCUAGCUCAGCUCAGGUUCUAACUAGUCUUGGCCAACACUACCUAAGAAGUGGCGAUCGCAUCACUCUUUCUUGGCUUUAUUCUCAUUGUCUUUUGAUCGAAACAAAAGUCUGCUUUCCGCUCUAGAAGGGAAGCAAGACACAACAUCACUGAGCGGGAGUAAAUGAAUUGGUUCCCUCAUAAAGCAAAGGCAUUCUUCUAGAGAAGGCCAGUCUGGUUUGUAGGGACGAGAAGGCACGGAUGAAGACGGAGAUUCUAGUCAUACGGGAGCAACUGCUAUGCCAAAGCCAGGUCCCUAGGCGGAAGACUAACUCCACAGGAGCAGAGAAAGAAACGUGGGGAGGAUGGAUGGAGCCUGUGGGAUGGAGGAUGAGGAACUUGGGAUUCAUCCUGCUCUUGUCACAUGUUGUCACAUGUUGCCACUUUCAGAGUGUGGCAUACUUCACUAUAUUGGCCCAUCUGCCUAUCUGUCUGCAGGGAAAAUAUAUUAAAAAAGCCAAAGGAUAAAGAUGUC